AAGGAUAAGUUAGGAGGAAGAGCAUAGCAGGACAUUAAGGUUGGAAUUGCUUGCAUCCAAUGCAAGAUGCUGCAGCUCCAGCUCGUGGUGGUGCAUUUGGCCCUGGUGAUUGCCCUGCUGUGGUGGAACUCCAGCUCUGUGCUCCUGGCAGAGGCAGCUCCAGAGCCUCUGGAGCCUUCUGCUGCUCUGGGCAUGGGAGCAAAUCCCAUUGCCAGUGAAGAGAAGUCAUCCACCAACCUGGCAGCCAAACUGCUCCUUCUUGAUGACUUGGUGUCUCUGGAGAACGAGGUGACUGAGACCAAGAAGAAAAGAAGCUUCCCAGGAUUUGGCUCCCCAAUUGACAGAAUUUCUUCAUCCUCUGUGGAUUCUAAAGGCAAACAGAGGAAAGUGCUUGAGCUGCCAAAGAGAAGGUUUGGGGUUCCUCUGGACCGGAUUGGAGUGAGCCACCUCGGCAACACCAGGGGUUAGCAGGUCCUGCAGAUGCUUCUAUUCUGAAUGAGUGAUGCUGUGUUGGAAACACUACAGAGAUAUGGAAGAUGCCUCACAGCAUGUCUUGUCUUUGCCUAAUGAUGCUGCACGCGAGGAAUUGAUCUCCUGCAAAAUCUGUUUCAAGUUGCAUUUUACAAAUAAUAACAUAUUCAGUUCAUCAGGUCAGAAUGCUCUCACAGCUGUGCACAGUGUCACUUGUAGAAGGGAACAGAGAAUAUGUAUAUAUUUUUAUUGCUUGGCAUUUAUCUGUUAAACUUGCAGAAUUUUAUUAUCCUAGGCAGAACUGAGAUUUUUUGGAUUGAAAAUAAAACUUCCAGAGAUGCCAACAGCA